AUGCAUUGUUUGAGUGACUGUGAAGUGGGAUUGAUGUUGAUAAGCAUGGUCUUUUGGAGCACUUUGGAGCAUUGGGACGUGAGGAGCAAGGAAGGACUUGGUGCAUGGACGCAGCUCAACAACGCAAAGGAAGAAGGAGGAAGUCAUCUUGAAGUCAGCUCGACCGGCCAAGUUCAACUCGAUCGAGCUGAGAAGUCAAAGUCAAACCCGAAAAAUGUUGCUUCCCCCUUGACUUCCCUUUGA